CUGUUUACCUCUGCAAGCGGACAAUGCAAAACAAAGCAAGGCUAGAGCUAGCAGACUAUGAAGCUGAGAGUUUGGCCAGGCUACAGAGAGCAUUUGCUCGGAAAUGGGAGUUUAUUUUUAUGCAAGCUGAGGCACAAGCAAAAGUAGACAAGAAGAGAGACAAGAUAGAGAGGAAGAUUCUCGACAGUCAGGAGCGAGCGUUCUGGGAUGUGCACCGGCCGGUGCCUGGAUGUGUAAACACUACUGAAGUGGACAUAAAAAAAUCUUCAAGAAUGAGAAAUCCACAUAAAACAAGAAAGUCUGUCUAUGGCUUACAAAACGACAUUCGAAGUCACAGCCCUACCCACACACCAGUACCAGAGACUAAGCCACCCACAGAAGAUGAACUGCACCAAGAGAUUAAGCACUGGCAAAUGCAAUUAGACAGACAUAGAUUAAAAAUGUCAAAAGUUGCAGAGAGUCUAUUAGCUUAUACAGAGCAGUAUUUGGAAUACGAUCCUUUUCUUGUGCCCCCUGAUCCCUCAAACCCUUGGAUAUCAGAUGAUACCACUUUCUGGGAACUGGAGGCAAGCAAAGAGCCAGGACAGCAGAGGGUGAAACGAUGGGGGUUUGGCAUGGAUGAAGCUUUGAAAGACCCUGUGGGAAGAGAGCAGUUUCUCAAAUUCCUGGAGUCAGAAUUCAGUUCAGAAAAUUUAAGGUUCUGGUUAGCAGUAGAAGACCUGAAGAAGAGGCCUAUCCGUGAAGUUCCUGCUCGCGUCCAAGAAAUCUGGCAAGAGUUUCUUGCUCCAGGUGCACCCAGCGCUAUCAAUCUAGAUUCAAAAAGUUAUGACAAAACCACGCAGAAUGUGAAGGACCCUGGAAGAUACACAUUUGAAGAUGCUCAGGAACACAUUUACAAACUGAUGAAAAGUGAUUCUUAUCCUCGUUUUAUACGAUCCAGUGCCUACCAGGAGCUGCUACAGGCCAAGAAAAAGGGCAGAAACAUCCCUAUUUUCCCAUGCCAUAAAAACUGUACACCAACACUGAGGGCGAGCACUAACCUGUUAUGAAAAGAGGGGAAAUCGCUCACAUCAAAGAGGUUAACCAGUCUAGUGCAGUCCUACUAAAAGGAUCACCUUGUAGCAUGGAAGCAGACUCAAAUCAUUAUACAUACUUUGUAGCUCACUGAUUGCCUGACUCAGAGGACAGUAGAACAAGAUGUUGCAUGAGCAAGGACCUGACUUGUUUUCUUUUGUGUAUACUAAGGCAUUACAGACUCCGAGGGACUCUCUAGCCUUUCGAUGCCUCCAUUUCGAAAACUGUCUGCUCACUUCCUCCUUCAUAUCAAGCUGGAUCUGUGUCUUUUUUAUUUUCUGCAAGCUCAAGUACAGUGAAAAAAAAGCUUCUGCUAGGCACAGUUUAUUAAAAAAUACGUCAAUCAAAAACUGGAAGAAAUGUAAAAAAUGCAUAUAUUAAUAAAUAUACAUAUGGCAUCACAUUUAUUGCACAAUAAAUUAGCACAGAAGGUUUCAUUUCACUGAUGUAUUCACAUUGAGAAAGAAAGCCUGUGUCUUUGUCUGUUGUCUGUAUAUUCUCUGUUAAUGUUUCUUGCAUUUAUUUUUAUACCAUAUUUAAAAAAGAACACCUUUUACUCCAGAUGUAUUAAAGCUGAUCCUUUCUCUGUAAAUUUGUGUAUGUUUAUAUUGUUGUUUUAUCUUUCAUUAAAAGAUGCAGAAUCUC